CCUCCCACUAUGAAACACUAAGUAUCACUUAUGUUACCGAUCAAUUUUCCGUUCGAUCGUUCUCGAGAACAAUUUUCGCGAUUUCUCGGAGUAUGCAUUCAGACCAUCAGAGUGAACGAAUCGUGAUAGAAUCACUUUGUUGAACCUCGCACGACUUGAUACAGUGAAACCCGAGAAGUGAAAAUGAAUUUUCAAUCGUAUAGUGAGAAAGAGUAUAACACCCUCAUUAAGCCUAUCAUGCUCACCGCGAAAAUGAUUUCAAUUUGGCCAUUAGCAGAGAACAGCAGCCAAGGAACGAUAUUGUUCAGAAAAUUCCAUCUAUUUUCUAUGUUUCUCUUGGUGGUAGUGAUGUCGAUCGCGGUGACGGCCGAUGUGAUUCACAAUCUGGACGAUCUAGACGAGGCAACGGAAUGUGCCUUGAUUUGUACAGCCUUCUAUCUUUGCAUCGUUCGUUUGAUAGUUUAUACGAUUCAUCAGAAGGAUAUGCUAUACGUUGUGAACACGAUGAGGGAGGAUUGGACCAGUUCCUCCCCCGAGGAUAGGAUCGUUUUAGAAGAGAAGACAAUGUUCGCCUAUCGCCUCGCCAAAUACUUCAUUAGCACUGUGGCUAUUACAAUUGUAUUAUUCAUGUGCGUUCCGAUCUUGGAAAUUUACGUGUUUGAUGGGAGCGAGAAGAUACUUCCUUUCCGGGGUUAUUUUAUCAUCAAUCAAACAGUGUCGCCGGUCUUCGAGUGCCUGUAUUUGUUUAACGUAACAGCGGGUGGUUUUGGUGGAAGCAUGAUCGCAGGAGCCACUAGUUUCAAUCUGAUAGUGAUAAUGCACGGUUCGGCCAAGUUUGCGGUUCUCCGGAAAAGACUCGAGGCUUUUAAGGGCAACGAUCCUAGUUCCGGUUUCGUCAUGGCGGACUGCGUGCAUCGUCAUCGGCAAGCCAUAGAGUGGGUCUCAUUUAUUCUGUUAACAACUGUAUGAUUAUAUGGGACGAUCUAUGUUUCCAGAUACGCGGAUGCGCUCGAGAGAAUCAUAAAUGUCCUGGCUUUGGGACAAUUCGUCAUUAGCACAGGACUUAUCUGUUUCGCGGGAUUUCAGAUCACAUCGAUGAUGGAGGACAAGGGACGGCUGAUGAAAUAUUCGACAUUCUUGAACUCUGCCAUAAUGGAACUGUUCAUGUUCAGCUUUAGCGGAAACGGAUUGAUCGAUGAGAGCGAAGCAGUGGGUGAAUCUGCGUACAGCAGCGAAUGGAUCGGUAGCAAAUACUGCAAGAGUCUUCAGAUAAUGAUGAUGCGUUCGAUGAUACCGUCAAAGAUAACAGCAGCGAAAUUUUAUAGCAUGUCCUUGCAGAGCUUUUCAUCGGUUCUCAGUACGUCGUUCUCGUAUUUCACGGUUCUUCAAGCUACCAAAGACGACUAAUGACCUGAAUGAUGAACGUACAUGCUCGUACGCGACAUGCUUUAUGAUAGUAGCCGGACUCAUCUCACGAUGACUCAACUUACAUAGAAUAUACUUAUAGUCGUUCCACUAGUCUAAAAAUAUCAGUGUACAUACAACAAACUACAUGCAUUUCGUUGUGUUUAGGAUUGAUUACACCAAGGACGUAAGUGAUAAGGAUCAAAUGAUGCGACGAUCAAGGUAACAGGUUCUUGGAAUAAAUCAGAUAAUAAAAUUUUUAUCAAUUAAUUUAACCGUGGUUCAUCUGAUUCCAAAAUGCACUAGGGUGAUUCCAAUAGAAUAAGAAUCCCUAUCAAUUAGGUAAGGGUGAGACCUAGAUCAACC